AUGUAUAGUUCCCUGCCAUGGAGGUUGCAUCCUUCUACGCCGGGUCUAACUUCCCUCCAGGGCGCCUAUUGCGGCACGGCUUAUGCAGGAUACUCGAUGAUUUAUACCCCGGGAUAUUAUGUCCAUACCUGGAACCUGCGCAAUGGAGACCUAGUCAGACCUCUCUAUCUUAUCCUCAUCUACGGCUGCUGCUACUCGGCCACUCUCCCCUUUAUGAAGACCGCAAUUCUGCUCGACUGGUGUAGGGUAUUCGUCCCCAUUGACCGGACGAGAAACGCCUUUUGGUGCGGGUGCAUGGCGGUGGCUACGCUGCAGUGCGUCUGGGGACUGCUCUGCAUCAUCCUUCUGAACAUGCAAUGCAGGCCGCACGAAGCCAACUGGAAGUUCUAUCUUCCCAGCAAGUGCUACUCCCUGCCGGACGUGAUGCUCACCUCUGCGAGCGUACAGGUAGCCUCGGACAUCAUCAUGUUCAUUCUUCCGCAAAGAAUCAUCUGGCGACUGCAGAUGACAUGGCAAAAGAAGCUUGGUAUCUCCGUCAUAUUUGGUGCAGGCAUACUUCCCUCCGUUGCCGCCUGCUUCCGCCUCGCCCACACUGUCGGCUUCGCAAAGACAACAGACACAAUGUAUCUGAUCGGCCCCUUACCAUUCUGGGCUUGCGGCGAGAUGACCUGCGGGUUCUUCAUUUUCAGCGUGCCCUGUCUCUCCAAGCUUAUCAUGGAAUCUGGACUUCCCCGCCAUGUUAAGAUCUCGCUCGGCUUUGCUCCUAAACCUAGUCAUCCAUCGGACGACGAAGGACAAGAAAGCAGGUCGGGAAACUCUGGUCCGCGCUUUAGACUGCAUCCUAUGCAGGCCUGGGGAGGCACAGACACAAUGUGGUCGAGGAUCGAAGGGGGCGAUGAAAACUUAAGGGAUCUAAGACAGUCCGAGUCCCAGACAAAUCUAUAUAGCGGCGAUAAGGGAGUGCAUGUUUCAAGGACGGUGGAGGUCAAUGUUUCGCAAGGGAACCCUUGA